AUGGAAAGUCGAGGAAGUGAAGAAGAGAGUAUUGAAGAAGAUACGAAUGUUAGUACGAAUUCGAACCCAGGAAUGGAUGUUGUGAAAGAAGAAACAACAAAAGUGUAUCGAUGUCCGAAAUGUCGUCGAAAAGAAAUGAUGGAAGUGUUAUUGAAAUUGAAAGAACUUGACAGUCGAGGAAUCUUUUUGAAUCAAAUAACAGAAGAAAUCGCGCCUCACUAUUUCGAUAUGAUAUCUCGCGAAGAUAUGGUUUGUUUGGAGUUGAUGGAAGAUCGAAUUCGACGUAAACAAUAUUCGAAGAGUCAAGAAUUCCGGGAUGAUUUUGAACGAAUGUGCUACAACGCAUUUGUUUACAAUAUGUUUGGAGAUGAAGUGUGGAAGUGUACAUCGGAUCUAUUUGAAAAGGGUGAGAAAGUACUGAAUGAAUAUUUGAGUGGAAGUGUUGCUGGUGACUAUUGUGUGAAGAUCAGUCAAAUAAAGGCAUCGAAAGAGAAGCUACUGACUCGUCCAGAACCGAGUAACAGUGCGAAACAAGCGUGUCGCAAAGCAUCGAAGAUCGUAGAAAUCUAUGAUAAUUAUCGAUCCAGUGAGAAACAACUGGAGCCAUUAACUCCAUUAGCUGGACCGUAUUCGAAUUCGCUGAUUCCUCCCGUGGUGGAAUACAUUCUUCCUCAAUAUGCGUCAAUGAUCGCAAUGGAUUGUUGUCUGAGUUGUGGUUCAACGGGCGAUCGAGAUCGAAUGUUAUUUUGUGGCGAUUGUGGUGAAUGUUAUCAUGUGUAUUGUGUGAAUGCGAACGGGACAGCGAAUCAUGAAAUGAAAUGCGGAUGGCGCUGUCCGAAUUGUAAGAUCUGCGAGGUUUGUGGUUUGAGUGUAAAUUUUCCACAAGAGUUGUUUGAAUUAUGUGGACGAUAA